AAGGUGGCGGCGCCCAAGAUGGCGGCGCCGGUGGCCGGGCGGGUGUUCGCCUUCCGCGACGCCCGCUGGGCCCCGGACCCGGUGCUGGAGCCCGGCGCGGCCGUGCGGACGCCGCAGCCGGUGCCGCUGGUGAUCGACAACGGCUCCUUCCAGACGCGGGCGGGCUGGGCCAGCCCCGACCCCGCGGUGCCCGCCGAGCCGCUGCUGCGCUUCCGCUCGCUGGCGGCGCGGAGCCGCGGGGCCCGCGGCGGCGCCGGCGCCGAAACGCAGGUGGGCAACGACCUGGGCAGCCCGGAGCCGCUGCGCUGGCUGCUGCGCUCGCCCUUCGACCGCAACGUGCCCGUCCAGCUGGAGCUGCAGGAGCUGCUCCUCGACCACGUCUUCCAGCGCCUCGGCGUCGCCUCCCAGGGUUGUGUUGAUCAUCCGGUCGUUUUGACAGAAGCCGUGUGCAAUCCGCUGUAUUCGAGGCAAAUGAUGUCAGAGCUCCUCUUUGAAUGUUACCAAGUUCCAAGAGUGUCCUACGGCGUGGACAGCUUGUACAGCUUCUACCACAACACAAGGCAGAACUGGCCCUGCAGUGGUUUAGUAAUAUCUUCAGGUUACCAGUGUACGCAUAUUUUGCCAGUCUUAGAAGGCAGGUUGGAUGCUAAAAACUGCAAGCGUAUUAAUCUUGGAGGAUGUCAAGCUGCCGUAUAUCUACAACGUCUCCUUCAGCUGAAAUACCCAGGACAUUUUGCUGCCAUCACUCUCAGCCGCAUGGAAGAAAUACUGCAUGAGCAUAGCUACAUUGCAGAGGACUAUAUAGAAGAACUGCAAAAAUGGCGGUCCCCUGAGUAUUAUGAGAACAACAUGCACAAGAUGCAGCUGCCUUUUUCAAACAAACUCCUGGGCAGCACUCUGACUUCGGAGGAAAAGCAGGAGAGACGGCAGCAGCAGUUACGUCGUCUUCAAGAACUAAACGCGCGUCGUCGAGAAGAGAAGCUGCAACUUGACCAAGAGAGGCUUGACAGACUGCUCUAUGUACAGGAACUUCUGGAAGAUGGUCAAAUGGAUCAAUUCCACAAAGCUUUGGUGGAGCUGAACAUGGACUCUGCAGAAGAACUUCAGUCUUACAUCAACAAACUGAGCCUGGCAAUUGAACAAACAAAGCAGAAAAUCCUACAGGCAGAAGUCAAUAUUGAAGUGGAUGUUGUGGACAGCAAACCAGAGACCCCGGAUUUGGAUCCAUUAGGCAGUGAACAAUCACUGGAGGAUGUGGAAAGCAUUAAUGAGUUUGAGCCUUUGUUUGCUGAAGAACAGCCUGAAGUUGAGAAGCCUGUUGCUACAGUGCAGCCAGUGUUUAACCUGGCAGAGUAUCACCAGCUUUUUCUGGGUACGGAGAGAAUCAGGGCUCCAGAGAUUGUCUUCCAGCCUUCCCUGAUAGGAGAAGACCAGGCAGGAAUAGCAGAAACCAUGCAAUAUGUCCUUGAAAGGUAUCCAAAGGAGCAACAGGCUGUUCUUGUCCAGAAUGUUUUUCUCACUGGUGGAAAUGCAAUGUACCCUGGACUGAAAGCCAGAGUCGAGAAAGAACUGCUUGAAAUGAGGCCAUUCCAGUCAUCUUUUCGGGUUCAUCUCGCUUCCAGUCCCAUUUUAGAUGCCUGGUAUGGGGCUAGGGAUUGGGCAGUGGAAUACAUGACCCGCGAGGAAGGCUGGAUAACCAGGAAAGACUAUGAAGAAAAGGGGGGAGAGUACCUCAAGGAACACUGUGCUUCAAAUGUCUAUGUUCCCAUUCGCCUUCCAAAGCAGGCCCCACGGACAACUGAGGCAUUAGCACCCAGCAGAGCGCUGGCAUCCAGCGCAGGCAAUCCCUGUGAGCAAGCAUAGCACAGAGCCUUGGUCGCAUACUCUCCUGAGAAGAUAACAGUGCAAGAAGGAAAGAACUGCUGUUCUGCAGAAUAAGCUAUGCAUAGAAUAUAGGUCUCAGCCUAGCCUUGCUGGCUAGUCAGAGAGCGUAAAGUAUCUCAUCUGGUCACUUGAAGCAAAAGUGUCCAAAGGCUUUGAGGCAUCAGCUGGCAUGGUCGUAGCACUUGUCGCCUAUGCACAGCACGAGGGUACGUAUCAGCGAGAAGGAACACACCAGAAGUACAUUCCACUGAAUGCAGUUUUUGUAAACUUCCACUCAGGUUUUUUGAGCGUAUGUUUUACAAUAUUUUCUUUUAAUUAAAACUUAGUGGCUUUUA